UCAGCUUUUUGCUGAACGUUUUGCAUGUUAUUCGGACGAUUCUGCCGUCGUUAGCUUCAACAAUUUCUUACGAUUUCACAAAGAUCUACAAAAUGAUGAUAUGGGAUUACAGCGCGAAAGGGCCAGCGAUUUUUUGAGACAGUAUCUGCGAGAAUGGGAUCCUUCACGGGACAUUCCUGAGCCGUCGCUCUGUGUUGCUGAGUUCUGUGAUUUUUUAUUCUCACGCGAGAAUUCUCUGUGGGAUCCGAUCAACGAGCAUGUUGUACACGAUAUGAAACGACCGCUUAUGGAUUGUUGGGAUGGUCCGAAACGAAACUGUGGUGAAGUGAAAGAAAUUGUAAUCUAUCACGGGCAUACGAUGACGAGUAAGAUCAGUCUGCGCGAUGUACUUUACACUAUUCGUCACUACUCCUUCAUCAAUAGCGAGUUUCCAGUGAUUUUAUCGAUCGAAGAUAAUUGUUCGGUACCGGCACAGCGAUUGCUUGCUCGCGAUGUCAAAGAAAUUUUGGGUGAUCAUUUGCUAACAGCGCCAGUAAGUCAUGAAGAGACGUGUUUGCCCUCGCCGGAAGCCUUGAAACGAAAAAUCAUCCUGAAACAUAAGAAGCUCCCAACAGAAAGCGAAGAUAUCGUACCGCAGCAAAUUGAUGAAGGUUACUGUUCCCGUAACUGCAGUUAA